AUGUUCUCCGCUGCUACCAACUUCUUUCGCCGUCGACCCGUGACUGUGGCUGACCCCGCCAUUACUGAUUCUUCGAGCACGUAUGAAGUGCCCUUGUACACAAAUGCUGCUUAUUACCCAAACUGGAGAAUCUACCGAAAGCAACCGCCGUCGUCCUUGAGACUGGGCUUUAUUUCGCACGUGUUCUACGCAUUUGCUUGGGUAAAGGAAGAUGGCACGGUCUAUCUGAGUGAUGAGUGGGCCGACACCCAGAUGCCAGUAGACGGCACCGAGGGCUGCCUACGAGCAUUUGUUCAAUUGAAACAACAAUACUCCCAAUUGAGAGUCAUUCUGUCUGUUGGUGGUGGUGGAAAAGGUAGUGAGAAUUUCGCCGCAGUUGCCCACAGCCGAUCCAAGGUGGAAACCUUUGUGCGCAGCGCCCGAGAGUUGGUCGACCAAUACGGGCUAGAUGGGAUUGACGUGGAUUGGGAACACCCUGCCGACUCCCAGCAGGGUAAAGACUAUAUUCGCCUUCUCGCUCGCCUGCGAGAGGUCUUGCCCGCUCCACGGUAUGUCUUGGCCACUUGUCUCCCGGCGGGUCAAUGGGCACUCCAGAAUAUCGAUCUGUCCGCGGCCGAAAAGUACCUCGACAUGAUCAACCUCAUGGCUUAUGAUUUCUCAGGACCUUGGGCCUCCGAGACGGGUCACCAAGCCCAGCUCUAUGGCACUCCUACCUCAUGUUAUCUGGCAGUGUCCUACGUUCUAUCGCAGGGAGUUCCUUCACGAAAACUCAUCCUUGGGGUUCCCACAUACGGGCGCUCGUUCCUCGGAAGCAAUGGACCAGGACAAGGGUAUACUAGCUGUGGCGGAGAUGAUGGAGUGUUUGAUUAUCGCGAUCUUCCUCGUCCGGGAUCCCAGGAAGUGCUUGACAACCAAGCGGGCGCUGCAUACUGUGUGGGUGGUGAUGGUGGAUUUGUCACGUAUGAUGUCCCUGCAACAGUCCAGCAAAAGGCACAGUUGGUGACGACGACAAAACUUGGAGGGUUAUUCUAUUGGAACAUAUGUUCCGAUUCCCGUGGUCCACGAAGUCUGAUUGAGACUGGAUACAACACUUUGCAUGAUAUGUAG